AUGGCAUCUGUUGAACGUCUACUGGAGGGUGAGGCUCCCGCGUUGCCAGAGACCAUAGAAGCGGAUAAGGAUUUACCUCAAUAUGGUCACAAGCAAUGGCAAACGUACUUUGGCAGAACUUUUGACGUAUACACCAAGCUUUGGAAAUUCCAGCGUGAUCAUCGAUCAACAUUAGACGAAGUGUAUGGCCUUAAACGUUGGCAAAUUGGCGAGAUUGCCUCUAAGAUUGGGCAGCUUUAUUAUCACUACUAUCUUAGGACUAGCGAUAUCUACUACCUUCAGGAGUCUUACUCAUUCUUUUCCGCCAUCCGAUCGCGCGAAUAUUUCGCACGUCCAAGCAAAGAUAACCGUUCUGAACAAGUAGUCAAAAAGCUUAGGUAUUAUGCCAGAUACAUCAUCGUUUGUCUUCUUUUGAAAAGGGUUAGCGUAAUCCGAGAGUUGCUAAAAGUUAGUUUCGCUUCGGUUAAGGAGUUUUCUCGUCAAAUUAAUGAAUACGCCAUAACUUGCCCCCUGGAAGAACAUAUGGAGUGGAACGCCAUUGUGCAGGAGAUCCGGGAAUUUGUUGAGGCCGAUAACAUAUGCACGAUUAUAAGUGCUGACUCAAACCCCGUUGUGAUCAACAGUCGUCUCAGCCAAGUCAAUUGCUUCCCUGCUGAGAAGUCCCUUACCGAUUCCGGGGUUAAACAGUUGCAGCUAGCGGAAAUCCUCAUCAUAGGCAACACAUUCGACCAGAUUCGUUUCAGUGAGAUCACCCUGGAUAUGUUUCGCAUGCUCCAAUGUGUGGAGAGGGACCCACAAGAUAACUUCGGCAAAACAGCUGAUUUCCCUCACUCCAAUGCACCCGGUGGAGUUCGUCGUCCGAAGAGCCUUGAAAACGGCGGUGUUGGAGAUUUUGACGACUUGCAGCUUAACGCGCCGUUGGGUUUACAGCCCAAUCAAUGCAAUAAUCCACACAAGUACUUGCUCUACAAACCAUCCUUUUCGCAGUUCAACACUUUUAUGGCGGCGGGUCUCAAAGACUUACCCAGCGAUGGUGUAUUGCUUCUUUACCUGUCUGCUGACGGCAUGAAAUGUUCCACGAAGACCCAUAAUGAUCCGUACUUAGCCAGUGGUUACGACGUCGGCGGUGUCGUAACCAAUAGCCAACGCGACCACGGCCCUGUGACCAAACCCAAAAAACCCUCCAAUCGCGAGCCUCAUUGUAUACACCCGGGCGACCUUUAUCCCUACACCCGCAGACCCCUCUUCCUCAUUGUGGACAGUGACAACAGCAGUGCUUUCAAGCACGUCCACAGCCUCUUCGGCCAGCCCUUGGUGGCUCUGCUCUCCCCCGAGACGGUCCCGGAGGGCGUCGCGAGCCAACGACGCAAGGGCAGCAUGUUCACCCUCUUCCUCCACUGCCCCCUCACCGCCUACCUCCACAUCUGCGGCCUCUCUUCCAUUAGCCUCAAGACGUGGGAACGCGGCCAGUCCAUUGUGAAUUCCUUCAUGGGCGAGUGCUAUCGCAUCCUCCUUCGUGCUCGACACCUCGAUCCCUCCUUCCACCAGUACCUUUGCGUGGACUUCUUGCGGGUGUUUAUUUUGCGGUUUUGCUUCUGCAACAUGGUCCUCCGCUUCCAUCGCGACUUCAGAGACUACCCCGCGUGCCAGCCGCCGUUGCCCGAACCCGAGUUUCUCGAAAGCCGUCUGCUGCAGAAACUCCUUGGCGACUUGGCCGCCCUGGUUAGCGCUCAGCAGUUAUUCGCCACUCCAAGUAAGUCGGCGAGGGUUUGCGAUUGGCUCGGUGGACGAUCGUCACCGUCCACCAAUAGAAAGGCGGCUUUGCCGGCGUCAACCAAUAGGAAGGCAGAUUUGCCGUUAUCGACUGUUUCUCCUCCAGGUGACUACUCGCACGAUUGGCGGAACGAACACGCCAGCGGCACCAGAUGA